CGAUAAUAACAAUACGCUGACUGAAAUAAACUACCUGUGCAUGCAAAUCAAUACAAUAUUGUUGCACCGUGGAUGCGAGAACAGAUGGUAGAUCUUGUUUGUUGGUACGGCUGGGAAUAAAAUGCUGAAAGUUUCUACGACAAUCGAUUAUACACGGGAAAUGCAUCAUUUAAAUAUUCAUGUACUGGCAUAAGUUUUCUGGCUUGUUGAUUAUACAAACCUCAUAAUUACCACCUCGGAAGUCAUGACGGGUUCGCGACAGUUUUUGUUGAUAGCGGGCUCGUUAACUAUUUUGCUGAGCAGUGACGGCGUUUGGACCUUAAAAUGCUAUCAUCAGUCGGAGUUGGACGGCGCAAAGCAUAAUUCAUCACAACCCGAUUGCGGGCCUAUCGACAAUCCCACGUGCGUUAAGGUCACCACAACCACGAACGGCAAUGUCGUUACUGCGAGAGCUUGCACAAGUCAUACUAACGAAAUGAAAUGCUCUGCGGAGAAAACAGCCGGGCUGACCAUGGAGAGUUGCUUUUGCAACAGCGAUUUCUGCAACGUCGCGUCGACCAGUACCGGUUUGGUUCCGCCCCUAAUAUUCGGAUUUGUCGCUUUUUCAUGUAAUUAGAUUGCCUUUUCUGCUUUCUUUCUUUAAGUAGAGAGACUCAUAAGCGUGCACAGUAUUAAGGCGGAUAAAAGUUAUCCAAGUGGUUCAACAUAUUGUCCAAGUGGUUCAACAGGUAGCGUCCUAAUUGUUCUGAACAACUUACCAUGAACGCAGAAUGACCGCGCACAUUAUUAGAAGCUGGCACACACUGAUUUUACUGUUCUUCUUCUUUUGUUCGUACGAGACUUUCUAAUAACUAAGGCCGGCGAUCUGGCCACACAGUGCACCGGUGUUUCUCGAUUGUGGUAC